AUGGUGAAUGCUAUUGGUGGAGUGUUGAUUGAAUGUGAUCCUGCCAUCAAGCAAUUUAUUUUGUUUUUGAAUAAAAAGCAUGGCAAUAGAAUUGUAUUAUUUGAUCUUGAUGAAACACACAUCUUUGUGGAAGAAAACCAAACAGAACUCAUACAACAAGAAUUAGACAAACUCAUUGAAGAAAAUGCCUAUACUUGCAAUCAACAAAAGUAA